UUUUUCAUAAUAAAUAUUACGAUUAAAUCAUACAUUUUUUUCAAUUUAGUGAGGCAUUCACAAUCGUUCACUGCUUUGUGAGCCUGUUGAACAUAACAUGAUCAGCAAUAAAUAAAAAAAAAGGAUCUGAAUUCAUUUUUUUAUCGGAUCGAAUUUUUAUAUGCUAGCAAGUUAGACGUUGAAAGAAAAGGAUAUUGACGGGGCGGCAAAAUUGUAAACUAAUUUUGUAAUGAUAUCAAUAUGCUCAAGUACAAAUAUUGUGCGUGCGUCGAGAAUCACUUGACAGUUUGUCUCAACGCGAUUGACACCACUCGACAUGAAAUCCACGGUUUCUCGACUUUUACGGAAUUGAGACGUACUUCAUCAAUUUGCAUAAUUUAUUAAACCGAUGGGAAUAGGAAAAAAUCGAGCUAUGAGUUCACGAAGCCAAUUAAACGAAAAAAGUUUGUUCAUCGAAUUAGUCAAUUGUCAAGCAAUAGAUCCAAGUAAUUCAUUAAAGAAACCUAGUUUAUUAAUGAACAGCUAUGAUCAAUCAAAUGGUCCAAUCUCAAAAGUUCGUAAAAAUUAUGCAAACUGGAUUAAAAUUAAUGUUGAGAAGAUAUUAAAAAAGAUGGAUCUCAAAAAUAUUGCAAGUUGGAUGAAGCUUCGCAUGACAUUUGCACAUAUACCAUUCAUUCCUGUCUCAGAAUAUUUCAUACUCAAUUUCUUCGUGGGUUUCAUUUGUAUACUAGUGGCAACUAUAGUUGCAAUGUUGGUUUGCAAAGUUUGCAAAUUGCAAAAGUAAAUUUUUCUACAAAAUAGUAAAAGGAUGUCGAUUAUGGUGAUCAAUCAAGAUAUUUUAUAACUUGAAAUACACUUGCGAUGUAUUCAACUUAUAAGGAAUAUUUUUGUAAAUUUUCUGCUUUCAAUCAAGUUUCCUCAUAAAAAAUUAUUGUAAAAAUUUAUUUAUU